AUGCUACAAGGAGACAGCCCUCAGGAACAGAUCCAGGCACUCCGCUCCGUCAACAGGGGUAUCCCACCCAACUCCAUUCCUCCUGCCAGCCCUGAUGAGAUCUAUUACGUUGACACCCAACUCGACCCCCACACCCAAAAAGAGUUCAUUUUCUGGGACGAUAUCGUUCAGGCAUUCGAUAACGCAGUCCAAGUCCGACACAAGGCGAGAGUGGUUCCGUUCCUCAGAGGAAAAGACCAUACAAUUCUUGAGCCUCGCAGGAUCGCCGCCUUGCCGAACAUCGUCUUGGAUGUGGUCAUAAAUACUCCAGUGACCAACAAUGUGGAGGUCGUUUCUGCCCAGGUCCAGCAGGCAUCAUUGCAUCCAGUGCCACCGCAGGACGGCAGCGCGAUAAAAGUUGAGGUUGCAUCCCAGGAUGCCAUCUCAACACCCAGUGCUAUGUCGACCCCCGUUGCUAAGACUGCUACAACCACGCCCAACGCGACGUCCUCGUCCGGUGCCUCUUCCACUGCAACAUCCGCUGUCCGACGAAACCCAGUUUACGGUCUUGUAGAGACGGCGAUGGAAAACUACACUCACAUCGACAGACCCCUUGCGUUCCCGUCGGCUCGAGGUCCACAUUCCGCACUGGAUGAUCAACCGCCAACCAUCAAUAAUCCUACCGUCCCUCCUCACUCAGACAACAGCAGUAACUCUCAGCAGCGUGGACCCCAAAGCGCAACAGCUAAUGUAUCCGUAGAGUUUCAAUGGGCACGGACGAUCAUUGAUGCUAGUGAGGGGGACAAGGACGCCCAGGUCGCGCUUGGCGACAUGUACAGAGAUGGCAAAGGGGCUCCACAAGACUAUCAGGCCGCCAUGGAUUGGUACUUCAAAGCCAUCGAGCAAGGAGACGCAGUUGGACAGCAGAGAGUGGGCUCCCUCUACGAUGAAGGAUUCGGUGUCCCGCAGAACCACUUAAUAGCCAUGGAUUGGUACCUCAAGGCCGCCGAACAAGGAUAUACAGUCGCUCAACACAGCAUCGGAGUUCUCUACGGCCAUGGUCACGGUGUUCGUCAGAACUAUGCACGUGCAAUGGAAUGGUUUCUCAAAGCCGCCGAACGAGGGCAUGCAGGAUCGCAGUACGGCGUUGGGUGUCUCUACGACGGCGGCCGAGGUGUUCUCCAAGACUACGCACAAGCGAUGGAAUGGUUCCUCAAGGCUGCCAAUCAAGGACACACCACCUCACAAUACAACGUCGGCGUCUACUACCAUUAUGGUCGAGGUGUGCCUCUGGACUACAAACAAGCGAUGGAAUGGUACCUCAAAGCGGCCGAAGGAGGAGAUGCAGGAUCACAGUACGGCGUUGGGUGUCUCUACGACGACGGCGUAGGUGUUCCUCAAGACUACGCACAAGCGAUGGAAUGGUUCCUCAAGGCUGCCAAUCAAGGACACACCACCUCACAAUACAACGUCGGCGUCUACUACCAUUAUGGUCAAAGUGUGCCUCUGGACUACAAACAAGCGAUGGAAUGGUACCUCAAGGCUGCCGAGAAAGGACACACCGAUUCACAAUACAAUAUUGGCCUUCUUUAUAAGAAUGGUCGAAGUGUGCCUCUGGAUUACAAACAAGCGAUGGACUGGUUCCUCAAGGCUGCCCAGCAAGGAGAUGCCGACUCUCAAUUCAGCAUCGGCCUUCUCUACGAUAGCGGCCAAGGAGUUCCCAAAGACUGCGCACAGGCGAUGGAUUGGUACCUUAAGGCCGCCAAUCAAGGUCAUGCUUCCGCUCAAAACAGCAUCGGCGUUUACUACCAUGAUGGCCGAGGUGUUCCCCAGGACUUUGCGCAAGCGAUGGAAUGGUUCCUCAAGGCCGCCAAGCAAGGGAACGAAGUUGCUCAAUUCAACAUCGGCGUACUUUAUAAGAGAGGCCAAGGUACUCCCCAGGAUUAUGCAAAGGCCGCCGAGUGGCUCUCUAAGGCUGCUGACCGAGGACAUACUGGCGCCAAGAGAGAAUUGGAGACCUUGAAGGAAAAGGGUGUUGCUGUGAAAUAA